ACCAAGCAGGCGACCCUCCAGCCGCAGCUUCUCGACGGCAUUAUUUAGCCCAGUCGGUGCGAGCGACUCUCCAGCUGCUGCCUGCACAAAGCUCGCGCGGUCAGCCUCAACUUCUUAAACAUAUCACCAGCACGUAGCGAGCUCUUUUUUUUCGGCAAAACAUCCACCAUGGACUCCUGUUUGGAGCCUGUCGACCUACAACCGAGCCUGUUGGUGACCCGAUUCCUGUCCACCCAGUAGGACAAGUUGCCGUUACCCUGCAGCAGCAGCAGACUGUCACAAUAGAACAAUAGUGGAGAGAAUCUCUUGUUCCCAGAACUUCCCCCAAAGAGACACACGAAACCCCACCCUCGUCCCCGCCAGGCAGCGAGGUGGGCGGCGGCCUCCUCCAUCUGCAAAGCGUGCCGCGCCUUUUGUCAUGGCGACUAUCGUCAUUACUGCCGAGUGGCUGAGGCAGCGGCACAAGGAAGCGGCGUGAAGACAUCCUGCGGAAGGACAUGGAAUUCAACAGCACACCAUGCGGCAGCGCCAUCGCCCCCUUUCGCCACUCGCGGUUUGGACCCAAAGUCCCUUUUUGAAAUUUUUGGAACAAACCUAAGCCGCAGCGAGGAAUGCACUGAGUGAGCAAUGGAUGAAUAACUUUUUUCUUUUUUUCUUCUCGCUUGGAAUAUCUUUGCUAUUAAUCUGUUUGGUGGUCUCGCAGAGUGAAAGCCCACCAAAAGUGCCUUUCUUAGUUUUUUGGAACUAUUUUUCUACUCUUGGACUUGACAUUAGGGUCGAUUAUGACCUAAGCACCAACUCGCUGACAAUCCUCCACUCCACUCCACUUCCUUCCCUUCUUCUCCACGUGGCCUCACUUCCAUAACCACCAUGAUCACUCUGCAGUCCAAAUGGCGUUACUUGUUCAUGUUCCUGGGCAUCCAGCUGGUGGUCAUGGCGCUACUGUCCCGGGAUGGCUACCACAAGAGGGUCAGCUACUUCAUGCGUAUCUUCCGCAAGCCAGACCCCGCUCGGAACCACACGGCCACCGACGUGCCCGUGAAUGACGUGUACGCCAACCUGUCUCGCCUGUCCAAGGCGCAGAAAAAUGGAGACGUCUACUACUGUCCCAAGAAGUCUCCUCUCUUAGCCGGGCCGAUCCACGUCAGCUUCCAAUCGGGCCUCACGCUGGCCGAGGUGCGACGCAAGAACCCGCUGGUGGAACGCGGCGGGCGCUACCGACCGCCCAACUGCGAGGCGCGUCACCGCACGGCCGUGGUCAUUCCGCACCGCCACCGCGAGCAUCAUCUUCGGUUCUUGCUCUACUACCUGCACCCGUUCCUGCAGCGUCAGCAGCUCAACUACGGCAUCUAUAUUAUUCACCAGGCGGGCAAUUACACGUUUAACCGGGCCAAGCUGAUGAACGCCGGCUUCCGCGAGGCCAUGCGUGAGGAGGACUGGGACUGCCUGUUUUUCCACGAUGUGGAUCUCAUCCCAGAGGAUGACCGCAACACAUACGUGUGCGACUCCAACCCCAAGCAUGCCGCCAUUGCCAUGGACAAGUUUGGCUACAAGCUUCCAUAUCCGAUGUACUUCGGAGGAGUGUCUGCUCUCACGCCUCUCCACUACCUCAAAAUGAACGGCUUUCCCAACAACUACUGGGGUUGGGGCGGCGAGGACGACGACAUCGGCAUCAGAGUGUCUCUGGCGGGAAUGUCCAUCACGCGGCCGUCCCUGAAGGUGGGCCGCUACAAGAUGAUCAAACACAAGCUGGACAAGGGGAACGAUGUCAACCCAAAAAGGUUCAACAUGCUGACAAAGACGCGUCAGACGUGGAAGCUAGACGGUAUGAACACGGCCGAAUACCAAGUUCUGUCACGGGAGUACCUCCCACUCUACACCAACAUCACGAUCAACAUCGGCACCGAGGCCGGGCUGCACCUGCUGCAGCAGCCCCCGCCCAGCGGCCCAAUCUCCGCCAAGGCCUCUUCCAAGGCUGCCUCUCUCAAAACUGAAAAAUAGCGCCUCAUUUGUCCUGGCGGACUAGGCACAUAUCUAUAUAUUUUUUUUUCUUCUUCGAAAAAUGAUAUCAGCUUCCUGUGUCGUGCUGGACUCUGUGAGUUUAUCGACGGCGCCGCCACGUGCUCGCUGCUCAAACCUUUUGAUGCCUUCCAAUAUUUGCUCAGUCCUAUCUUCUGCUAUUGAUCGCCCGACUGCCUUUUUGUUUUUGCUUUGAGUGAGCAUGAUGCUGAUACAGUCAAAGGAUACGGCCCAGUUUACAAGUUUUUGAGAUAAUCAAUACUUAACAAGCAUAUCGUGGACCAUUUAAUUACACGUUUCAUAUCGAAAGGUGAUCUUGACGGUUAAGCCCACAAGCCUUCAUAAUUUACUUUUUGUGUUCAAUGGGUAUGACAGAAGAUGGUGACCGAUGGUCAGAAAAAAAAUACUAUUUCAGCUAAAAAAAAAAUCCAAUUUAAACAGCAUUUCCCUAAGAACACUUCAAUUUGUUUCAUAAAAUGAAAAAUAUUUGCAAAAAAGGAUCAAAUAGAGCAUACAAACUUAAAAAAAUGACACCCAAAAAUGGUAUGUAUCUGUGCAGCCGUUAACUUUUUAAAAAUCGAUGAAAGACAUCUUUUCAAUCAUACAAAUUGUUUUAUUUUAUUAUAUCAGUAGUGAUCCCGGAAGGAAUUAUGUGAUCCCCAUUCAACACAAAAAUUUAAAUCAAUACUGAACCACUUCUUUACUUUUCUGAAGGAUAUUUUUCAAACUAUUUUUUUCUACUCUGAGAAACUUAGAGUGCUUCUUCAUUUAAAAAAAAAAAAACCAUCUCAACGAUCAAAACGAUAUUUACAUUUUCUGAAAAUAUAUAUUUUUGAUUUUCCGUUUGUUGUAUUUUGAACCUGGUGAUGACAAAUACUAUAUAUAACUCGCCUUCCUUUCAUGCAGUAAAUGUCCACCAUGUGCUCUUUGCCAUUAGCCCCACCAAGCAUACACAUCAAACACACACCAGCGUGCUCAUACAAGAUCAUCUUCUUUUUUUAUCUUAAUCCACUAUGUUGUAAUUAGCGUCUCAGGAAGCCGCCAACCAAAGAGUAUCUGUCACGCACGGAGCACGUGUACCAGCUGGUAUGGAAAGUUCCUUGAGCAUUUAGACCAUUUCCUUGAUGUUCAGCUGAAGGUCCUUGUCCUAGAAUGCUCAUUGGGUUAGAGAAAAAGAAAAAACAAACAAAGAGCUCACAAGAACCUUGAGAUGGCUAUCAAAGAUCAUGGGAAAAUUCUCGACAUUUCGAUCGCGAUCGAUUUGAUUUGGCCUCGGCAGCGUAAUGAAGCCACUGUGCGUGUUAGCAGGUCAGCACGCUGUAAAAAGUGACACCGGAAAAUUGGUGUGGAACGUCGUUGCUUUAUUAUUUUUUUGGUGACUUUGCAGGUUUCUACUGGAAUAGGGUACGGUUAGCUUGCUCUGUUGGUGUUUGUGCGUGUUUGUUCACCGCACUCGAGUGGCCUUAAAUUCUGUAAUAAAUCGACUAUU